UUCUCUCCUACUUCUUCGCGCGUACCGCCACAAAUAUACAUUCCUUUAAAUGACGUGAGAGAAAAACAAGGAAAGAAGAACGAUGGAUUUCUCUAGACGGGAUGAUAGAAGCUACCGUUCCGAUGAUUCUAACGGUGAAAUCUUUAAGAAUGUUCCAAAGAACAGCAGCACGUUUCGCAUUUGGAAAAUCGAGGGCUUACGAAUCACAGCCGUUACAGGAAAUAAUAUGGGAUAUUUUCUUUCGGAAUUGGCAUAUAUUAUUUACGCAGUAUCGCCAAAAGACGGUCCACUACCUUAUCCUGGAAUGCCGAGCAAGGAAUUAAAAUCAACUGCAACAGUCCGUGUAAUUCAUUUUUGGAUCGGAUCUGCAUGCGAUUCAACUAUUUCUGGAGCAGCCGCCCUUCGAGCAGCCGAAUUGGACUCACAAGUAUCUGCCACAAUUCUAUCGAGAGAGGCACAAGGACGAGAAAGUCCUAGAUUUCUGGCUUAUUUUCGCCAAUAUCUUAUUAUCGAAAAUUUUCAUUUCGAAACACCAUCAUGUAGAUUGCAUAGAGUAACUGGUAUAACAAUUCCUAUCUUAACAGAACUUGAGAAAGUCCAUUGGGAUUAUUUCAGUUCAAGAGAUGUUAUCAUUGUGGACGUUUUAUCACAGAAUAUUGUAUUCCUUUGGUUGGGAUCAUCAUCGGAUCCAUUGCAUAAACGACAUGCAGUCAAUAUCCUAGAAAUGAGAAAAAAAAAUAAUAAUGGUCGUAUCAUCAUUGUUGAUGAUGGUUAUGAACAGACUCUAUUAGAAGAAGAUAGACAAUUAUUUGCUAAUAUUUUAGAUCCUUCUACAAGAGUUGUUAAACCUGAUCGCCUUUAUCGAGUCAAUAUGCCAAGUCCAAUCAAGCUAUACAAAUGCAGUGAACAAUCUGGUAAAUACAAAGUCGCGGAAUUGAAAUCUGGACCGAUUCUUCGAUCAGAUCUCACAUCAGAAGCCGUUUAUUUGAUUGAUCGAGGUGAAGCUGGUGUUUGGGCCUGGGUAGGAAGUAAUGUGAAUGCUCGAGAAAAAUUAGAAACGAUCCGCAAUGCACGUGGAUUUGGAAAGAAAAAAAAUUAUAGUAAUGGUAUAUUAGUUGGAAGAGCGCUUGAAACUUAUGAACCAACAGAAAUGAAGGUUCUUGUUAGAGGAUGGAGCUCGACAAAAAUAAGACCGCUUACUUUACCACCUAAUUUUGAUCCUGAUUAUAUGAACGAAAGACCUAAAAUGGCAACUGCUUGUCAAUUAGUAGAUGAUGGAUCUGGUGAAAGAACUCUUUGGAGAGUAACUCAUAAGGAAGGAAUGAUUCAGAUAGACGAUAAAGGAAUAUACUAUGCAGAAGCUUGUUACGUAAUGUGUUACAAAUAUGGACAAGGACGUAGGAGUAGAACAAUCAUUUAUUGUUGGGAAGGAGUUCAUUCUAUAAAUGCAGAUCGAGAAGCCGUUUUAGAAGUAGCUUGUCAUUUAGCAGAAAAUACUGCUGGACAGCUAGUAAAAGCAUAUCAAGGAAGAGAACCACCUCAUUUAUUACAAAUUUAUGAUGGAAAAUUAAAAAUACUAGCUGGAAGGCAUCGUGAUUUUCCUCCAGAAAAAUAUCUUGUUAGAGUGUUUGGAUCUACUUCAUAUACAUCAAAAGCAGUUGAGCGUCCUCUUAGAUCUAGUAGCCUUGAUUCUAGCGGAGUUUUUAUUCUGUUUUCUAAUUCACCUGUAGUAUGGUGUGGUGGUAAAAGUACUGGCGAUGCUAGACAAGCAUCUAGACGCCUUGCACCCAGAAAUGCACCUCUGAUAACUGAAAAUAAUGAAAAUAAUGAUUUUUGGGCAGAACUUGGAGGUAAAGGCACUUACGGUACAGAAGUUAUUAAUGACGAAGAAGAACUUGAAAAACAUUUAUACCAAUGUUUAACAGACGCUGAAACAUUUGUUGGUGAAGAAGUUCUCGGAUUUGGUCAAUGUAGUCUUCUUCCAGAAGCUGUUUGGUUGUUAGAUGCUGGAAAUGUAAUAUGGAUUUGGAUUGGAAAAUCUUCUAUUUCUAAAUCAUUAAAAGAAUAUGUACAUGAUGCAAUGGUAUUUUUGUUCACUCAUCCUGCUGGUCGAGAUCGAAAUACAAUAAUUUCUAUAAUCAAACAAGGAUUGGAACCUUCAACAUUUAUUGGACUAUUCAAUAAUUGGAAUUAUAAUUUAUUAAGAGAAUACAAAUCAUUUGAAAUAUUUUGCACACUCUUACAAGAUAAAAAAUUAUUACCGAAAAUACAAACAUUAACAAAAUCAUCGAGCGACUUUGAUAAUUAUGUGAAGUAUCCUCUUUCUAUCCUGAAAGAUGAUCCGGAAAAUUUACCAUCUGGUGUUGAUGUUGCUCAUAAAGAAAUGCAUCUUACUUUCGAUAAUUUUAUUGCAAUUUUUAAAAUGGAACCAAAUGAAUUUAUAAAACUUCCUACUUGGAAAAGACAAAGACUAAAACAAUCGGCAGGACUUUUUUAAAAUUUCGUAUUCUAAUUUUUAUUAUGAUUUUGUACCAUAAUUAAUAUAAAGUCAAAAUAAAAAAAAAUACUCCUUAUAUAUAUUUCUGAUGUUUGAAAUUAAAAUUUUAUCAAUUU